CACACCGUCCAGCUCAGGAGCUUUUGCCGCCCGCGGGUCGCCGUCGCGCGCCUCACGCUCCUCAGCCCCAGACCACGGAGAAAUUCUCGGGGACAAGACCAAAGCGUGUUGCUGCCUACAAGAACCUCCCUUCUGUGGGGAGAAAGUGACUUUUGUUCUCUCAACCCUCUGACGUCAUUGACCUUUAAUCUUUCUUUUCCUAAUUCCUUGAGCCAACUUUGUUCACGUCUACAGUCCAGUCUUGAGCCCUUUGGCAAGUUUUUGGUGUCUGAAAAGCACCCUCUGGAGCAAGUGUUUCUGGUUGAGGGUUUUGAGAGGAGGCUGUGGUCUCAGCAGGUGACCUGUCUUGGGCCUUGCAGCCAGGCCAGCCAGGUGAGGUCACCAUGUCCACCAAGGUGCCCAUCUAUCUGAAGCGUGGCAGCCGCAAGGGCAAGAAGGAGAAGCUUCGCGACCUGCUGUCCUCAGAUAUGAUCAGCCCGCCACUGGGGGACUUCCGCCACACCAUUCACAUUGGCAGUGGUGGUGGCAGCGACAUGUUCGGUGACAUCUCCUUCCUGCAGGGCAAGUUCCACCUCCUGCCGGGGACGGUAAUUGAGGGGCCUGAGGAGGAUGGCACCUUCGACCUCCCCUUCCAGUUCACCCGCACCACCACGGUAUGUGGGCGGGAGCUCCCCGAUGGCCCAUCCCCUCUGCUCAAGAAUGCCAUCUCCCUCCCGGUCAUCGGGGGGCCCCAGGCCCUCACCCUGCCCACAGCCCAGGCUCCACCCAAACCCCCUCGCCUGCACCUGGAGACCCCUCAGCCCUCCCCACAGCCUUCCCCGCAGGAGGCUGGGAGCGUGGACAUCUGGAGGAUUCCAGAGGCUGGCUCACCCCACAACGGGCUGACCCCGGAGACAGGGGCUGAGGAUCCCUUCUUGUCCCAUGCCAGCUCCCUGCUGUCCCUGCAUGUGGACCUGGGGCCUUCCAUCCUGGAUGACGUCCUCCAGAUCAUGGAUCAGGACCUGGAUCCCGUGCAGAUCCCCACGUAGGACCUGCGGCUGACCAGGCUGGGUGCCCAGGUUGGGGUGACGCCGGGUAGGCAGGUUGUGGAGACAGCCCUGGCCUAGGAGUCAGGAUCCCAGGGUCCCACCUGUGUGAUCACUGGCCAGUGAUUCUCAUUUCGAGCCUUUGUUUCCCUGCCUCCCAUUCUCUCCCCGUGGGCAGCGUGUGCCUCAGCGCUUUCCCUAACAAACCCCAAGGACAUGUGCGGAAGUCAGCCCAGAGUGCCCUGGGCAUCUUGGCCCACCUGGACCCCCACCACCAACUGCUUCCCUUGGGCUCCUCAGUUGAAGGCUCUGCUGAAAUGGAUUCCCCUUUUCCCUCCCUUCCGCCCCAGCCCCGUUCAAUGCCCUGACUGGGGGCAGAGGAAGAAGCAGGGCACAGCCAGCUGAGGGCUUGGGCAGUGGGCAGGCUGUUCCAGACCUUUGGCUUUGUCCUGGACUGGGAGUGUGUUGUCAGUGAGCAGAUGUGUCCCACCUUGUCCACUGCCCCAUCCCUUCCCUACAGGACCAGGAUUCUGGUUGCAAUAAAACAUGCUGCUGCCGGUGG